UUUAUUUCCUUUAUAUAAUAAUAUUAAAAGCCCACAUCCUUUUACUUAUGAUGUACAAAGUUAAUUUAUAUAUUAUGUUAUAUAAUGGAUAUUUAGACAUUUGUUUAAGCCUAAAAAAGAAAUAUAUAUACUGUAUAUACUGUAUAUACACAAAUAUCCGGCCAGUCUUUUUUAUUUUAUGUAAUCCUAACAAACAUAAUUGAUAGAUUAUAGAGGCCUAAUGGUAUUUUGCUACUAUUUCCCUUAUCUCUUAUCAAAAAAAAAACACAACACAGAAUACAAAACGAAAUUGAGAAACCAAAGGUAAAGUAUAGGUAUAUACUGUAUUAUUAUAAGUUAUAUGUCUAUAAAUAGUUUCAAAUGCAGAUAGAUAUAGAGACAGAAAAUAUAAUAAUAUGUGUAAAGUUGUUAUUUCCUCACACUGAUUCUUUUGAUUAUACAGAACAGGAAAAGAAGUAAAACUUCAUUAUGAAAAAAUUUUCGAAACUUUACGAAUUCUUUACCGUUUCUAAAGGUAGGACUAAUUUGAAAAUGGAAAAUUUGGAACCUGAUGAAUCAGAGGUAGAGAUUCUUCCCAAUGCAAAUCAAACUGAUUGUCCCAUAUGCAUUAACUGUUACAUAAGAAGAAAUCCAAGAAUUUUACCUUGCGCUCAUACUUUUUGCUCCGUUUGCUUAGAACAAUAUGCCUUGUCAAAAAGAGUAGGAGUAGGAGAUACAUUGGCAUGUCCAACGUGUGAAACUCAUGUCAAAUGGCCUAGUAAAGGCAGUUUAGGAUUCCCGAAAAACAACUACUUUAUAGAAAGAGAUAGUGCAAUUGAAGGAGCAACAGCAGCAGUUAGCGUUAUAAUACCCAAAGAAGAUGAUCAUAUGUUUCAGCAAAUGUUUGAAAAUAACCUUCCUGAUAUUUCAAAUUGUUUAAAACAACUUGAAAAUCAUUUAAUACAUCUUGAACACGAAAAAUUUAAUCUACUAUCCAAAAUUGAUCUUUGUAGACUACUUGCUAUCGAUAAAAUGGAUAAAUGGGUGAGCUGUAUGAGAACUGAGGUUGAAGAUAGAUUUGCAGAAGACAAAAAACUUCUAAAGCAAAUUCAAUUCGAUCUCGAAAAUUUAAAUAGCGAUGAUACAAAAGAUACAUUAAACGUUCUCUUAAAUGAAAAAGAAGCUCUUCUAUCAAAGAAAUUAUCUUUAGUUAGUCAUAAUUUUUCUGUUGGUGAAUUAAAACUUAUCGAAAGAGAAAUUAUACUUGAAGAGUAUCAUACUGAAGAAAUUGAUUGUUACACAAUCACGGCUUGUUGCUUAGGACCAGAUAAUCAUUUGUACAUACUCAUUGACAAAUAUAGAAGUUGGUAUUAUUUAAAGAUGGAGAGAUAUUAUCAUUUUUCAAUUUCUCUUUUUUUAGCAAAGGAUAAUAAAUCAAAGGUGUUCGUUAUCGAAAGGUAUAGCGCAGAUGGAAAACUUAUUGAAGAAGACUGGUCCUGCCAUCUAGAGGGCGACUAUAGAGGUUUGGCUCUUGAUUGCGAAGGAAAUAUGUACUUGUGCGACAAAACUGCAAUAAGAUUAGGCAGAACAGCAAACUGCAUUGUAAAGAUUUUAAAAAAUGGAACACUAAAAUCAAGAAUUCUACAAUUACCCGACAACGAAGAAUUAUCAACAGUUGCUGUUGACUCGACGGGAAUUUAUGUUGGUAUUGAUAGCGGUAUUACGAAAAGAAGUAUUGAAGAACACACAAUAAGAAUUUUGAAAUAUGAUCUACAAGCUAAAACCUUGAUGUGGCAUUUUCAAGAUCAAUCAUUUGGAUUAGGAAAAAUGUUUUCCAUUGAUGAUUAUUUAAUACUUACAAGAAUUCACGAUGAAAAGAUAGAAGUAAUUCAUCGUGAUAGUGGAGAGAAAAUAAAAAAUUUGAACUUUAAUUUUAAAGAAUCAGGCGAUUCUCCCGCUUGGCCUAGUUCAAUAGCUCCUCUUCCAAUGAAUUGUUUUAUUUCAGCAGUUCAAAAACUUAAACAAUUAUUCGUAUUUGACAAAGACUUGAAUGUUUUACAGAAGAUAUCACUAGAAAAGCAAAAUAUACCUGUGAGCGUUAUAACAUGGUCAAAUUUAGAAGGAAACUUUCUUCUGUUGCAUUAUAAUUGUAAAUUAGAUAGAAAGCGUUAUUUGUCAUUCAGAAAAAUUCUCUAUAAGUAAACUCUAUUAUUUAUACUUUAUUACUAAUUACUUAUUGAAAUAUUAUGGUUUAUCCUUUCAUGUUAUAAUGAAUAUUCAGAGAUUUUUG